AUGGGCACCGACCUGUACGCCGUGGAGCCAUGCUGCCCAGAUACUCCAACCUCAUCUACUGCCGUCCAAUCAAUCGAUACAUUCUGUGGAGCAUCAGCUUCUAUUGUCCAUUCUACAUCUUCACGUCCAUUCAAGAUCAUCGUCCAGAAGCAGACCUUUUAUAUUGACGCCGAAAACCUGAGCCAACUAUCACCCAUCUUCUCGAUUAUGUGCUUUGGGAAAGAUUUCGACAAAAUGGAAGAACCAGGGCGAGAGAUUGUAGAUGAGAAGAGCUCAGAUGUGAAAACAUUCCUGGAUGCUGUUGAAGAUCACUCACUCAUUAAGGUACGUAACGUUCCGGUCCUGCUUCGUCUCGCCAACAAAUACCAAAUGCCGUCAAUUGUCGAUGCUUGCGAGCAAUUUAUGAGGAGACUCAACCUUGAUGCACUGACAGCCACCGAAGUUCUUCAACUCUUGCUGGCAGCAGAUGAGUGGCAUUCGGCAAAAGAUGUGGUCGUCCGGUUGAUCCGUCGAUUGGCCAAUGAGGAAAAGACGACUUUUAACAAGUUGAAGCUGUCGAGGCGACUUCCGGCACAGAUGUAUGGCUGUGUAAUCGGGACAAAUCUGAACCUCUGCCAAUUGAAAGAAGCCGAACAGAUGAACGGGCAUUGGCUGCAUUGCGUCGGGUCUCGUGCCCGCUGGUACCGUGCCCCGUGUGAUUACUGUAAGCUGAUCACCGAGUGCUCCAAUUGUACGCAGUGCAGAAAGACGAUGUGCCGCGACCACCUAAAAGAAAAUAAAUGCCGUGACAGCUACGGGACGCGAAUGCUUGCCGAAUUGAGGGAAAAUAUCGUCGAGUUGGACUGGGAA